AUGGCCACUGCGACUGCCACCGUGUCGGUCGACGCCGUCACCAAAACGGUUGUGAUGCCUAAGAAAAAGGAAGUCUCCUUCUGGAGAGAGGCAGCAGCUUCUGCCAUUGGCGGAUCCAUCCAUGCGAUCAUCGAGCAGCCGAUCACCACACCGAUUGAAGCUUCGAUCACACAAACUCAGGUCAAUGGGAAAAGCUUUGUGUGGAACUUCAAAGAACUUUUUCGUCAAGGUGCUUUGUAUCGUGCUCUGCCAACAGCACUUGUGGGAGCUGUACCAAAGGCCGUGAUUCACUACUCCAUUCUGAAUUUCUAUAUCAACUCCUUUGCCCCAGAGGGUGACAUGAAAAAGGCCGAUGGUCAAACUGCCACCAUGAUUGGUAUGGCAACCGGGGCAUCCGAAGUCAUGUUGGUGAAUCCCAUCAAUUUUGUGAAGUUCCGGAUGCAGCGGCCCGAGUGGGGCUACACGGGAAUGCUGGAUGCCAUUCAGACCAUCUACCGCACCGAAGGUGUGAAGGCGUUCUGGAAGGGUGCAGGAGCCGUCUUUGUGCGAAACACCAUUUGCAACGGAGGCAUGGUCGGUGGCUACAAGUUCACAGAGGUUGCACUGAGCUCAUCCUUUGACCUCCCGGAUGGUCCAAGACAUAUGGUGUCUGGUGCUUUUGGUGGCAUCGUGGGCUCAUUUGUCAGCUAUCCUUUCGAGAUGAUGCGAGCAGCGAGGACGCACAACAUUUCCUUCAUGGAUGAGAUCGUGCGCAAGGGUCCCCAGAGGAUCUUGGCGGGCUGGGCACCGGGAGCCGUCCGGCUGGUGGUGACCUCAGCCAUUAUGGGAUCCAUCAUCCCACACCUCAAGAGCUUUAGCGAAGCCAUGGUCAUGCCCUCCGUUUUGGACUGA